CAUGGUAACUGAUGUGGAACUCAGUGUGGAUUUGUCAGAAGAUGUACUACGAAGGAUGCUUGAUCACAUCCAUCAGCUUGAAGAAAUCAGGAUGAACCAGCCCUUCCGGAUGGUGUUCUUGUUCCAGGAAGUUUCCUGUUCAGACUUCAUCAGUCAGUUCAAAGAGCGACAACCCAAGAUGCUGGAGUUUCUAAAACAGAUGGAGGCGAUUGCUGUUCAGCUUGACAGGAUGAAUAAGGGCGCAAAGAUCUCCAGUGUGGCAGGCAGCUCAGUGGGGGCGGUUGGAAGUGUGCUGUCCAUUGUUGGUUUGGCACUGGCUCCUUUUACUGCUGGAGUUUCUUUAGCUCUGACAAUGACUGGGGUUGGGCUGGGAAUGGGCAGUGCAGUCAACAGCGUUGUCACCACCGUCACAGAGAUCGGAGUAAAUGCUGCACAACAAAAGAAAGCUGGUGAAACCUUUGAGGGCUUCAUGAAGGAUGUGCAGAGUCUCCAAGAUUGUCUGGAGAAGGUGGCCAAUCAACCAGUCAACAACAUGGAAGCAAAGGCUGGAAAAGUGGCUGUGGGAGUAGGUGUGGCCCUCAUUGCAGGUGGUGCUAGAGUUGGUAGAGGCAUUGAUGUCCUUGUUGAUAGUGCUUCUGCUUUGAAGGUGUUAAAAAUUGAAGAAGCUGCAUCAAGUGCUGGCAAAGUGGUGGCUCAGGAGGGGGCAGCCUUGCGUAAUGUUCCCAAAGUGGCUGCAGAUAUCCCAGAUAUUGGUCAGGCAGCAGUCAAAGGGCCUCUUGCACUCAGCAAGUCCGCCAGGGCCGGUUUCAUCGCAGUCAACGCUCUCUUCCUUGGCAUGGACAUCUUCUUCAUCUGCAAAGACAGCAUCAGUCUGGCUAAAGGCAGCGAGACUGAAGUGUCAAAGUUCAUCAGAGCCAGAGCUGCUCUGUGGAGCUCAGAGAUGAACUCAUGGCAGAAGAUCCAUGACUCGCUAGACGAAGGCCAACCAAGAUCGGACAAAAAGAAAAUUGUCCUGGAGACACCAUUUUAUCCAGAGAUGUAGACAGAGAGCAAAACAGAAAUGAAAGUUCCCUCUGAUGAAGUGGAUGGAGGAAUGAAAGAUACAGUAGGAAUCAAUGAACAGACAGUGCUGUGCUAAUUAACACUGUGAUCACAUAUCAGCUUCAUUUAAUGUGACUCACCCAAGUUUAUAAAACUAGACUCUGCUUAUUGCUCAUGGUUCAGCAUCAAAAAUCAAUAAAAUAAAGCUUUGGGCUGUUUUUAGCUCAUUAGCUGUAAUUCUGCUGAUUUAAA